AUGGGCGGCCUUCCAGCUCGACUUCCCCCUGCUGGCCGUGAAGCGCGCACUGAGAAUGAUGCAGCAGGGAGGGGAGUGGAAGAGAAUACUGCAGCUCGGCUUUCCCCUGCUGGCCCUCAGGAUGAUGCAGCUGGGAGGGGAAUGGAAGAGAAGAGAAUACUGCAGGUGUGCAAGUGGAUGCUGGCUCGCGGGCAGGGCAGAACAUUCGGCACGUAUGAUCUUAUGAUGGAGGCCAUGGCUACUACGGGGCGCCAUGCUGAGCUGGAUGGCACGUGGGAGCGAAUCAUGGGCCGCCACCUGGACACGGUGCCGCGCGCCACCUUUGCACGCGUGAUGAGCCUCUACACGCAGCAGGGACGGCCGCUGAAAGUGCUCGAGGUGUACGGCAGCAUGAUAGAGCUGGGUGUGAAUGUGGACGAGGGUAAUGGUGUAUGGCAGUAUGAUAGAGCUGGGUGUGAACCUGGAUGA